GAUUCAAAACAAACAUAAAUUUGUGUUUCCAUACACAUACUGAGUUGCACCAACCAAACUCUCUCUCUCUCACACACACACGCACACUUGCCAUGGGCGCUCUUGCCAUUAGCGCAGCAGGGGUAGUAUUACUCAUUUCUCUGUUACAUGUAGAGGGUAUAAAGGAAACUGUAGUUGGGUGUGAUUAUUUUCAGGGGAGCUGGGUUUACGAUGAUUCUGGAGAUGAUCCGUUCUACCAGUCAUCUAACUGUCCCUUCAUAGAGCAGCAGUUUGAUUGCCAAAAGAACGGUCGACCAGACACUGACUAUCUCAAAUACAGAUGGAAACCAACUCGCUGCGAUUUACCAAGGUUUAACGGUCGAGAUUUUCUGAGUAAACUGACAGGGAAGAGCAUCAUGUUUGUAGGAGAUUCACUGAGCUUGAACCAAUGGCAGUCACUGACUUGUAUGUUACAUACGUCAGUUCCAGAGGCUAAUUAUACCUCAGUCAGAACUGGAGGCCUAUCCACUUUCACAUUUCCGAGUUACAACGUGAAGGUAAUGUUUUCCCGCAAUGCAUUUCUGGUAGACAUAGUGGAUACAAGCAGAGGACCGGUUCUGAAACUGGACUCGAUUGAAAGUGGGAGACUGUGGAAGGGAAUUGACGUAUUGGUCUUCAAUUCAUGGCAUUGGUGGCUUCACACAGGGAGAAAGCAACCAUGGAAAUUUAUCGAGGAAGGGAAUAAGACAUACGUUGACAUGGACAGAUUGGUUGCGUAUGAGAAAGCCAUGAACACAUGGGCCAGAUGGGUAGACACCACCGACAAUCCUUCCUGGACCCGGGUCUUCUACCAAGGAAUUUCUCCGGAUCACGCCAACGGAGCUGACUGGGGAGAGUCCAGUGCAAAGAACUGCGAGGGACAAACAAAACCGGUGGAAGGUGCAAAAUAUCCAGCAGGUCCACACCCGGCGGAGUUAGUGGUGGAGAGAGUGUUGGGAGGAAUGUCAAAGCCAGUUUACUUGCUCAACGUCACCACUCUAUCACAACUAAGAAAAGACGCUCAUCCCUCCAUCUACGGCUAUGGCGGCCGUCGCGGCAAUGACUGUAGCCAUUGGUGUCUAGCUGGUGUUCCUGACACUUGGAAUCAACUCCUAUAUGCAGCCUUGUCCAAGAAUACAGCUUAAUUGAUUCAUAUAUUUAUGUUACGUCAAAUUAAUUUGUCCAAGACGAAUAAACUAAUCGUUGAUUUCAUCUCAAAUCAUACCAUUCUUACCAAAUGUGCCAUGAAAAACACUCUUUUUUCAGACAAAGUCAAGUUUGC